UGUCAAUAUAAUCAUCAUCAAUACCAAAACAUGAUUGGCGACAUUGUUCAGAGUUUCGGAAUUGAAUUGCUUGAAACCUGGCAUCGCCUUGCUUCUCCAGACUUGGAUCUUCACAUGAUAAGGCCAGUAAUCGUCUUCCGGUCAUAAAGAUUGGAACUCCCGGAUACCAGCCUCAAGUAUUGUGUCCAGGUAUGGCGUUCACAGUAUCCAACAGCCAUAUCUUAUGGCAAGGCAUGUCGUUUCCUGCAUACCUUUUCAUAGUAUCAUGCUUGAUAUAUCUCUUUGGUCGUUCCUUGAUUAACUGCCUUGGUGCGCUGAUAUCCGCCGAUGGCCAUAAGGUCGCGCAUCCUGCUUCCGGGCUGGACCAGGCAGAAAAAGGGAGCUUGAAAAGGCCGGAAGACAUGUCAGAUGAUGAGAUCUUUCAAUUGGAAAAGAGAGCAUUCUUUAGCAAGACGUGGCUGUACAUUUCACACAGAAGCAGGUUCGAUAAGGCUGGCGACUAUCAUGUUUUUGAUGUGGCUGGGAUUUCCUUCUUUGUCGUUCUUGGGAAGGACAUGAAGCUUCGAGCUUUCCACAACGUGUGUCGACAUCGUGCCUAUACCGUGGUGCGAAAGUCCUGUGGAACAUCGGCUCGCUUCUCUUGCAAGUAUCAUGGCUGGCAAUAUGACGACGAAGGCAAGCUAGUCAAGGCCCCGAAGUUCGAUGAAUCGCUGGGGUUCAAGCCUGAGGAGAAUGGUCUGUGGGAGGUCAAGUUGAUCUUGACGAGGGAAGGCUUGGUCUUUGUCAACUUUGACGCAAGCACUAUGCAUCUGCCCUUCAACAACGUCAGAUCUCAUGUCGACAUGGGAGCCUGCUCUUGGGUGGAUGGUAUGGAUUUGACUUGUGAGACGAAUUGGAAGGGCCUGGCCAAUGAGUUCUCGAAUCAGUCACAAUGGUCACAGAACCCUUUCGGAUGGUUCUCUGGCUUCCGUCGACCGAAGAUGGCCAGACUACUGGGACCGAUGAGCAUGAUCAAGGAGCUCAAUGAAGACCUUUGGUGUACGAUGACGCUUCUUCCGCGGUCUCAGUCUGAAGUUAUCGUGAGAUGCGACAUUUAUGCGAAAGAGGGUACAAACCCGUCUCCACAGACCUUCCAGCGAUGGAAGUGGCUGCUGGAGAAAGAAUUGAACGUCCUGUCGAAGCCUGACGAGGCGAAGGCUUCCGGAAGGUCGUACUUUGCUUAUCAAUGUGGAGGACGGACGAUCGAUCUCUUCGCAAUCCUCGCUCAGCAUCAACGGAAUGAGAAGAUGGCCAAGAAGAAGUUGCAGCCUGCAAUCCGCGUGACAGGAUUAGCUGAUAUCGACGAGGAAGCUACAGCCUUGUGUGACGUGCUUGACGGCAAGGGCGAAAGUCCACCACUGGAGAAUUGUUCGAGGAAAUCGAGCUUUCCACAGACUUUGGAAUGGUAGGUGCACAUAUGGUACAAAGCUCAACAAUGGACGGACACUGCAUUAGACGAGGUUUAUUGAAGCAUAGCGU